GAGGCCCUGCGGGGACUGCGUCCCCCUGUCAUCCUUCCCUCACGCUCCUAGAGAGGGGGUGAGGAAGGUUCCGAUCGCGGCGCACUGCGGCUGGGUUUGUUUGCCUCGGCCGUGACGGAUGGUGGAAGCUCGGCCGACUUCAGGCGGGGGCGUCUGGAGGCGGAUUCCUCCUCCCUAAAGCCCUGGGGGGCGGGGAGGAGGGAGGCCGGGCCAGUGGCUGGGGAUCGAGCCGCAAACACUGAGCGCGCGGAGGAGAUGGAGGGCGACGGGGUGUCGUGGGGCGGCGAGCCCGUGUCGGGUCCCGGCCCCGGCGGCGGCGGAAUGAUCCGCGAGCUGAUCCGGGGCUUCGGUCGCUACCGCCGCUACCUGGGCCGGCUGAGGCAGAACCUGCGCGAGACCCAGAAGUUCUUCCGCGACAUCAAGUGCUCCCACAACCACAGUUGUCCCUCCUCCCCCACUGGCGGCGACGGGGCCGAGCCUGGCCCUGCUGGCGAUGUCGCCGAAAUCGGGCUGCCGGCUGGCCAGCUGAACUGUAUUUUCUUCCCACCUGAGGAAGAAAAGUACCUCCAGCAGACUGUGGACUGCCUCCCCUGCAUCUUGAUCCUGGGCCAGGACUGUCAUGUCAAGCGCCAGCUGUUGAACCUGCUGUUGGGGAUACAGGUGCUUCCCACCACCAAGCUGGGCAGUCAUAAGAGCUGCAAGUUACGGCGCCUCCGCUUCACCUAUGGGACUCAGACUCGGGUCAGCCUGGUGCUGCCUGGACAUUAUGAACUGGUGCACACACUGGCUGCCCACAAGGGCAACUGGGAGACCAUCCCCGAGGAGGACCUGGAGGUCCAAGAGGACAGUGAGGAUGCUGCUCACGUCUUAGCUGAACUGGAAGUGACGAUGCGCCAUGCGCUGUUACAGGAAGUGGACAUCAUGGUAGCACCGUGCCAAGGCCUCCGGCCCGCAGUGGAUGUUCUGGGCGACUUGGUGAAUGAUUUCUUGCCUGUGAUAACCUAUGCACUCCAUAAGGAUGAACUCUCUGAGAGGGAUGAGCAAGAGCUUCAGGAAAUCCGAAAGUAUUUCUCCUUUCCUGUGUUCUUUUUCAAAGUGCCAAAGCCAGAGAUAAUAGACUCCUCCCCAAGGAGAGCAGAGAGUGAGAGAGCCCCACUUUAUCGCCAGCUAAUCGACCUGGGCUAUCUCAGCAGCAGUCACUGGAACUGUGUGUCCCCCAGCCAGGAUACGAAACCUCAGAGCAUGUUGGUGGAGCAGGUCGAGAAGCUGCGACACUUGAGUACAUUUUCUCAUCAGGUGCUACAGACUCGCCUGGUGGAUGCCGCCACGGCCCUGAACCUGGUACAUUGCCACUGCCUCGAUAUCUUUAUUAACCAGGCCUUCGACAUGCAGCGGGACCUGCAGAUCACUCCCAAACGCCUGGAAUAUACUCGAAAAAAGGAGAAUGAGUUGUAUGAAUCACUCAUGAAUAUUGCCAAUAGAAAGCAGGAGGAAAUGAAGGAUAUGAUUGUUGAGACACUUAACACCAUGAAGGAGGAACUUCUAGAAGAUGCAACCAACAUGGAAUUUAAAGAUGUCAUUAUCCCUGCGAAUGGAGAACCAGUGGGUACCAGAGAGAUCAAAUGCUGCAUCCGACAGAUCCAGGAACUCAUCAUCUCCCGGCUUAACCAAGCCGUGGCCAACAAGCUGAUCAGCUCAGUGGAUUACCUACGUGAGAGCUUCGUUGGGACCCUGGAGCGCUGUCUGCAGAGCCUGGAGAAGUCUCAGGAUGUCUCUGUUCACAUCACCAGUAAUUAUCUCAAACAGAUCUUGAAUGCCGCCUAUCACGUGGAAGUCACAUUUCACUCGGGGUCCUCUGUUACAAGGAUGCUAUGGGAGCAAAUCAAGCAGAUCAUCCAGCGUAUCACAUGGGUCAGCCCACCUGCCAUCACACUGGAGUGGAAGAGGAAGGUGGCCCAGGAAGCCAUUGAGAGCCUCAGUGCCUCCAAGCUGGCCAAGAGCAUCUGCAGCCAAUUCCGAACUCGGCUCAACAGUUCUCAUGAGGCGUUUGCAGCCUCCUUGCGGCAGCUGGAAGCUGGCCACUCUGGUCGCCUGGAGAAAACUGAGGACCUGUGGCUGAAGGUUCGCAAGGAUCACGCCCCGCGCCUGGCCCGCCUCUCUUUGGAGAGCCGUUCUCUACAGGAUGUCCUGCUCCAUCGUAAACCUAAACUGGGACAGGAACUGGGCCGGGGCCAGUAUGGUGUGGUAUACCUGUGUGACAACUGGGGAGGUCACUUUCCUUGUGCCCUCAAGUCCGUUGUCCCUCCAGAUGAGAAGCACUGGAACGAUCUGGCUCUGGAGUUUCACUACAUGAGGUCUCUGCCAAAGCACGAGCGGUUGGUGGAUCUGCACGGCUCUGUCAUCGACUAUAACUACGGCGGAGGCUCCAGCAUCGCUGUGCUGCUCAUCAUGGAACGGCUGCACCGGGACCUCUACACAGGGCUGAAGGCGGGGCUGACCCUGGAGCCACGGUUGCAGAUAGCCCUGGAUGUGGUGGAGGGAAUCCGCUUCCUGCACAGCCAGGGACUGGUUCAUCGUGACAUCAAACUGAAAAAUGUGCUGCUGGACAAGCAGAACCGGGCCAAGAUUACCGACCUAGGAUUCUGCAAGCCAGAGGCCAUGAUGUCAGGCAGCAUUGUGGGGACACCAAUCCACAUGGCCCCUGAGCUGUUCACAGGGAAGUACGAUAAUUCCGUGGAUGUCUACGCCUUUGGGAUUCUUUUCUGGUAUAUCUGCUCAGGCUCUGUCAAGCUCCCAGAGGCAUUUGAGAGGUGUGCCAGCAAAGACCACCUGUGGAACAAUGUACGGAAAGGAGCCCGCCCAGAACGUCUCCCUGUGUUUGAUGAGGAGUGCUGGCAGUUGAUGGAAGCCUGCUGGGAUGGUGACCCCUCUAAGAGGCCGCUCCUGGGCAUCGUCCAGCCCAUGCUCCAGGGCAUCAUGGACCGACUCUGCAAGUCGAGUUGUGAGCGGCCAAACAGAGGACUAGAUGAUUCCACCUGAAAGCAAAGACCUUCCUUUUCAUUAUUUCCUUCCUUCCCCUCACCUUUUGGCCAUGGGGAGAAUUUGACAUUAGUUUGUGAAGAGGAACUCCCAAGGAAAUUGGCACUUGGCUGGGCAGCCAGAGGUCUUUCCCAGCAGAGACAGUGAGGAGUUGGAUGGCUGUUGGGGGCAGUCGGCAGGUCCCCAGUGUCCCAAGCAAUCCUGACAUCAAGAAGAUCGUCUCAAUGUGUGAAAGCUGAAGAAUGGGACAGCUGGGCCACCAGGCCAAGAAGGAGGCAGAGGUUACCGUUGCAUACUCACCAUGUCUGUUAAAGACCGCGAGUGGGACUCUGCAGGGGCAAUAGUACUGAAAACUAUCCUUGUCAUGAUUCCAGCUCAGCUAGGACUAGUCAGAUUCUGCCCAGUGGUCAGGAGUGCUAGACGGCUAGGCUGAGUCCGGCAUUGUGGGGCCAUGGGCCCACCUUAGGGAGGCCUGGUUCUUGCUCUCAGGGGCCAGGGGUCCUGGCUGCGGUGGUCAGAGCAGGAAACACAGCUGUGUGCUCCUCCUAGUGCCGGUGUUUACACUUACAGGGCCUUCUGGGGGAAGGGUUCGCUAUUAGAUCACCUAGAGGCCACAAAAACACAAAGAAAAAAGGAAGUGUGUGCACAUAUAUGUAUAGAAAUAUAAGCUAUGGGAUUUGGAGUUACUGCUAACCUCAGAACAGAAUCUGGUCUGUCAGCCAUUAGAACUCUCCCCACCCCACACCUUGUGAUCCUUCGAUGGGAAAGCUUCAGGUAACAUGGUACCUGGGAGUGAGCAAGCAGGUCCAGCACUUUGUACAGUGUGUAGAGGAGAUUCGAGAAGCAGUAUGAACUGCAGUACAUGGCCUGCGUACAAACCCACGGGAAGUGCACCAGCAGGCUUUGACAACUAAUCAGAAACUUCUUUUUUGUCUAACAAACUGACAUUUUUAAACCAUGUUUGAUAGGCAUUCUAACAAAAGUUCCUUCUGCAAGUUGUCCCUUCUUAUCUUCUUAUAAUGAUAAUCUGUGAGUGGAAGCAAGAUCAGUGGAGGAGAGUGCUUCUCCACUGCCACCUGUUAGCUACCGGAAAACCCUCCCUUCCAGGUGGGAGCUGG